GUACUAGUAUAGUAGUGUACAUAAAUUAUGAGCUUGCGUAAUAUACUGCAUUUCAGUAUUACAAUUAUCUUGGCAGAGUUUUAAAAAUACUCCAGUAUUUUGUUGUACAAGUACAAUUAAUCGAUCAAGAACGAGUGACAGCUGAGUUAAGGCACGGUUAAGCCACAGGUCGGUGUCGGCUCUGCUAAUCUAAUAAGACUGUGAAUUGAGAGUGAAUGAAGGAUCUUAUCUUACUCCUGUUGACUCUUGCUGCCUGUAUUGCCCAGAUCCAGGGCAUACGGUGUUAUGCUUGCAACUACACCAACGCUGUUCCUACUUACAACAGCUUCUGCGAUGUUAACUUUGAUCCGAAUGGAUGGGGUGCUGCUCAAUCUAUCGUAGAGUGUGAUGGCGUAUGCGUUAAAGCUAGUGGUGGAGUUGCUGGACUGAUUGGAGUGGAACGGAAAUGCGACACCUCUAAGGAACCCGAAUGUCCCAACGGUUGCGGAAGUGUUGAAGGCACAACCAUUGGGGGUUGCCAACACUGCUGCGAAACCGACCUCUGCAACCAAGCAUCGUCCGUGACCUUUCACCUCUUGACCUCCGUGGCCAUGUUACUUUUUGCCUGGGUCGGCCGUUACAUUUAGAUGAGGCUGUGUUUUGCGGGAUUUUUACUUUUCAUCUCAUCCUCAAAGGA